CGCCUCUUCACCGUAGAAGAAGGUAGCGGGAACUGAAGAUGGCGGCCAGUGCACAGCGCGGUGAUGCUAGAGCUAAAGCUAACACUAACGAUUGAACCAAAUUCAGUUUAACACAAUUCUAGAUUAAAGAAAUAUCCACAAGAAAUAAAACCACAGGCUGCAGAGGGAGAGGAGCUGAUCACAGCGGUGUUGGCGCUUUACGGAUUUACGGACCGAGCGGCUAACGAGCAACGUGAGCAACCAUGGGUCGCAGAUCCACCUCCUCCACCAAGAGUGGGAAGUUUAUGAAUCCUACAGAUCAAGCUCGGAAGGAGGCCAGGAAAAGGGAGCUAAAAAAGAACAAGAAGCAGAGGAUGAUGGUAAGAGCUGCUGUAUUGAAGAUGAAGGACCCCAGACAGAUCAUCAGAGACAUGGAGAAACUAGAUGAAAUGGAGUUUAAUCCGGUGCAGCAGCCUUUGCUGAAUGAUAAGGUGCUGCGUGAUAAGCGGAAGAAGCUACGAGAGACGUUUGAGCGAAUUGUGCGACUUUACGAACGAGAAAAUCCUGACACCUAUAAAGAACUGCGCAAACUGGAACUGGAUUACGAGACUAAACGUGGACAACUCUCUCUGUACUUUGAUUCUGUCAAGAAUGCUGAGUCUGUAGAGGUGGACAGUAUCCCACUACCAGAGAUGCCCCACGCUCCGUCUAGCGUUCUAAUCCAGGACAUACCUCUGCCUGGAGCCCAGCCACCAUCCAUCCUCAAGAAAAGCUCAGCUUUUGGUAAAGGGACAACAUUGUCAUCAGCAGCAGUAGCUGGUGUUCCUCGGUUACCACCUGGACGCAAACCCCCUGGACCCCCACCAGGACCCCCCCCACCUCAUAUACUGCAGCUCUAUGGCAACCGAAGAGCAGAAGCAGAGGCUGAAUUUGAGCUGAUGGACACUGUGGAGCAUGAGAGCGAGAGCGGCUCAGAUGGAGAAGAAGAAGAGAGUGACACGGAGAGCAAGGGAGAAAGGGAUGAUCCUCUCGAUAAAAGAAACCCAGGAGAAUGGCUUGAAGAACGAGAGAGAGAUGAGGAGAGAGAGAGAGGCCGGACUGUACGUUUUGCUGAUAUGCCUCAGCCAGUGAAAAAGAAGAAGACGAGAGUUGUGAAAAAGACGAAGGCCAUUACUCCUCUACAGGCCAUGAUGCUCCGGAUGGCAGGGCAGUCUGUGCCAGAGGAAGAGGAAGAAGAGGAGGAAGAGGAAUAUACAGACAGUGAGCAGUCUGACAGUGAAGAUGCUGGCCCCCCUGGGGACACUCAGGCUUCACACAUUCUUACCAGACCACCCCCACCAUCUGCUCCAAUCGGAGCACAACAGCCACACCCUCACAUGCAAGCUCCACCAAUCACAGGUCCUCCUCCUUUAGGACCACCACCAGCUCCUCCAAUGAGGCCACCAGGACCUCCCUCAGGACCACCCCCAGGACCACCUCCUGGUGCUCCUCCAUUCCUGAGGCCACCUGGCAUUCCAGGUGCUCUAAGAGGGCCGAUACCCCGGAUGCUGCCACCUGGCCCCCCACCUGGCCGUCCCCCUGGCCCUCCACCUGGCCCCCCACCUGGCAUGCCCCCAGGACCACCACCAAGAGGACCACCGCCCAGACUGCCACCCCCUGCACCACCAGGUAUUCCUCCCCCUCCUCCACGGUCUGUUCCACCUCGAAUGGCUCCUCCCCUCACUCUGUUCCCACCCCCUCUGAACCCCAGUGUGCUCAGCGCACCACCAAGCAUCGUUCCCCGUCAGAAGCCACCCCCCUCUUCCUCUUCCUCCACGGAGACCACUCAAACUGCUCCUUCAAUUACUCCCUCCAUCCUGCCUCCUCCCUCUCUUCCUAUGUCUAUCCGCCCCUCUGCCCUGGUACCUCCUCCUCCAGGCACUGGCCCAACACCCCCCAACCCCUCAGGGCAUGCCCACACCAUAGAGAAACGAGCCAACAUCACCAAUGUCUCCACCCACUCUGGAGUGGCCGGCCAGUCAGGCACUGCCACCAUUUCUGCAAAACCACAGAUAAUCACCCCAAAAGCAGAGGUCACACGCUUCGUCCCCACAGCGCUGAGGGUCCGCAGAGACCGUGUAAGCCAGCAGGGGGCAGCACCCGACAGAGGAGGCAAGAGGGAAGAGGAGAGGGUGGGACAGGGGCAGAAAGUAUCUGUCUCAGUAACACCUGCCCAGCCUGGAGCAAACCCUGCCCCACCCAGCAUGAAGACCAAGGACCAGGUGUACGAGGCUUUCAUGAGAGAAAUGGAGGGGCUGCUGUAAGAUGGAGGGAAAAAGGUGAAAGAUGACUGAAGAGGAGAGGUUAAGGCUGCAGUUUGAGCUUUUGGGUGAAAAAUUUAGUAAUAGUAAUUCUUACAAUGAGAUCUAAAAAUUUUAUUUAAUUUCUGUGAUCACUCCAGUUGCUUAAAUCAUUUUAUUUGCCAUAAGUCCUACAAAGGUAUCAAACGUUUUUAUAUAACAGGUUUGUUUGAUUGUUUUAUGUAAGUAGAUGUUUUGGGGGAAGCCGUGUGAUAAAUUUGUUUGUGUCUGAUCUCUGAAUAAACAGUCUUUGUGGCUUA